AUGAUUGGUCAGGUGAAUGACGCUGCUUUGGCUGGUGAAAGCACUCUUGUUUCCUGUUCAUCAGACACUACCGUCAAGAGCAAUGUUGUUGCAUCUGGUGGCCUUGGCGGGGAGGUUUUUAUAUGGGAUAUCGAAGCUGCUUUAUCACCAGUUACAAAACCUAAUUAUCCAAUGGAAGAAAGCUCUUCAAAUGGUCUUGGGAACUCUCAACCCGUUACAAGUUUAAGAAACGUUGGUUCGAGCAACAAUAUCUCUACCCAGUCAUCACCAUCCCGUGGGUACUCACCAACAAUUGCCAAAGGCCAUAAGGAGUCCGUCUAUGCACUGGCGAUGAAUGAUGCAGGGACGAUGCUCAUCUCUGGUGGAACAGAGAAGAAGAAGCACAAAACAACACCCCAAGUUCUUGCCUCUGGAGAUAUUCUAUCUGUAAAAGAUACCAAAAAGAAUCUGAAUGCAUCCAAAAGUGAAGACAGCAGUGCUGCGAAUGAUCCGGUGUAUCCUCCAUUUGAGUUUCCUUCUGUCUCCCCUCCGUCCAUCAUCACUGAGGGUUCUCAAGGAGGUACAUGGAGGAAGAAGAUAACAGAGUUUGCCGGAACUGAAGAUGAGAAGGACUUCCCGUUGUGGUGCCUGGACGCCAUUUUGAACAAUCGCCUUCCACCUAGAGAAAAUACAAAAUUAAGCUUCUUCCUGCAUCCAUGUGAAGGCUCAAAUGUGCAGGUGGUCACACUAGGGAAACUUAGUGCACCCCAGAUCUUAAGAGUUCACAAGGUUACCAAUUACGUUGUGGAGAAAAUGAUAUUGAUGCAAGAGGACCACAGCAACUGUUUGCAGAAAAAUGGACUGCUACCAACUGGAUCAAAGCCUUGGCAGAAACUCAGACCUUCCAUUGAGAUCUUAUGCAAUAAUCAGGUCUUACCUACAGAGAUGAGUUUGGCAACUGUGCGGGCGUAUAUAUGGAAGAAACCUGAGGAUCUAAUCCUCAACUACAGGAGCCAGCUCAGCGAAGCCUUAGCCGUCAUCGGUAAACACGAUUUCCCGAGACAUUGGCCUGGUUUGCUUCCGGAGCUCGUCUCCAGCCUCCAGAAAGCUUCUCUCGUUGGAGAUUACGGUUCAGUUAACGGAAUUUUAGGGACGGCUAAUUCCAUUUUCAAGAACUUAAGGCAUCAGUUUAGAACCGAUGAGCUGUUUCUUGAUAUUAAGUAUUGCCUUGGGAUUUUCACUCUUCCGUUGGAAGAUAUCUUCACUAAAACUGAUUCCUUGAAUGUCGUAGCAAGCCAGUGA